ACAUGAUCUUUACUCCUUAGAAUUAUUCUGUGUAAUGAGAGGUGUAAUGUGAUUUAAAGGUAACACUUAUAGUUUGUUUUUGGAGUAUAUGCCAAGGAUGUAUAAAUUGAACUGAAGGGCCGAGGGAGUAGAGGAACUAGAAUAAACACAAAGCACAUGCAAAAAAAAAAAAAAGCCCUUUCUCAAAUACAAGGACAGAGCUGAAGCCAGGCAGAUGAAUGAGCAAGAAACGAAUCAGAGAGAUCCGCUUAGAAACUGGAGGUGGAGGCUACGACGACAUUCAGAACGAGCCUAUGAGGGGAGAGAGAUUGAGUGAGCGAGAGCGGGCACAGUAAAGAUAAAGAAAGAAAAAGUUCAGGGAUGGCCUAUUUCUCUACAGCACUCAUCUAUGACUGAUGUUCUUGCUUUAAUUUGCUAUGAGCCAUUCAGACUGAUGAGAAAAAAGGUGUUGAAUGUCAGACAAGCGUGACAAGAGUCUUAGGUGUAUAUGAAAAGUAGGAGAACCAAAAUGAUAAAACUCCGAGUGUAAACCGGUUGUGAAUUUGGUUUGGCUCAGCAUCCUGACAGGCAGAUCCUAUCACCUUCUGUGCCGGUGUCCAAAUGGAUUCCACAGAACUUUUGACUGUGGUAUGUGUGGCAGUUGUUGUGCUGUUCAUCAUCCUGACUGGUCUUUGCUUGAACUGCAAAGGAAACAGCCAGCCAAUUUAUAUAAGACAACGGCACGAUCCACGCAACAGUUAUGCAUCAAACCAAGGAUUUACAGUUGUCCGCCCCUACGAACCUCCUUCUUUCCCAGUCAUACCAGUUCAGCCUUCUCAGCACCAGCUCAUCACUUCUCCAUCGAUGCCUGAUACAAGACGGAUCUCUGCUUGUCCCUCUUCUGAUGGUGGAAGCCAGAGUGACUACAUCAAUCAAAAUGUGGACAAUGAUGCAGCAAGCUAUGAGCAGCCUCCUGAAAAGACCCAAGAUUAUCCGGAUUAUCUGGAUGUGUUACCCGAUGACCAAAAUUUGUCCCAGCAGAAUCUCGCCUCUUCGUUGAAUUCAGGGCAGAGUUACCAGAACAUUGAAAAUGAUGACAAUGAUGAUGAUUCAGAUAGUCAGCAUUAUAUAAAUGUCAGCGAAGACCGAGAACCUGUUCAUGAAACUCCGAUUGGAUCAUAUGGAAGCUGCAGCAGUGACGGCCAGGGUAGCUCUGAUUAUGUAAAUGCUCCUAAACAAGUUAACUUCCACCUGGGCUGAUUUUAAAACACCAUGACUUGAAUCACUAUCAGGUUAUACACAAGGCUUAUUUUAUACGAGAAAAUCUUGUAUAAGAUUGUGUUAUCACAUUAAAUGACUUUUAAAAAAAACAUGACUUCGUAAGAAAAUUAGAACCGUUUAUAUAUUUUUUUUUU